AUGUCGAAAGCAGCGGCAGCGGCCAGAGAAAUUGCCAAGAGACACCUCAUAGUGGCAUUCACUGACCGUAGCGACCAGCUGGGGCGAAUGUCGCAGGAACGGUGUAAGGUAGUGGAAAUGAAGCUACUGGAAACCUUGUUUACUAAAAUGGACGCAGAGCCGAACGCACCCAUGCCAGAAUUCGACGGAGCAGGAUGGUUCAGCGGCGUCAAAAUCAUAAAAUGCAAGGAUGACCCCACGCUCACAUGGCUAAAGGAAGCGAUAAAAACGCUUCACGGCCUGUGGGAGAGGGCAUCACUGGAAAUUGUUGAUCGCAGCUGCAUUCCCUCAAUACCGAAGGCAAAGGUUUUCAUUCCGCGAGUGGUAAAACCGGAAUAUGCGCUGCGGCUACUACAACGACAAAACACGGACGUGCCAACAGACGAUUGGAAAGUGUUGAGCGUGGCAAAACCAGCAACUGCUGAUGGUGGCCAGGACUACAUGGUCCAAAUCAACAAGCCGGCAGAGGACCUGCUUUACGCGCGAUUCGGGAGGAUGGCUUGGGGAGUUGGUAGCGUGCAUCUUCGCCUCAAAAAGCGCAACCCGGCAGAUGACAACCACAACACGCUCGCUGCGGGGGAGGUGGAAAAGGAUCUCGGUAAAGAAGAGAUCCUGGAAGCCUCCCUCAAUAUACAGGAAGUGGAGAAGGGUGACUUGGAGGUAGUAUCCAACUCCGAGAAGGUACUGAGGCCAGAUGCUGAGAGUCCUUCAGAUGAACCUCCACAAAAGUAA